GAAGCACGUCGAGGCCUUACCUUUGGUUCCGCGUAUUGACACAUUUCCAGACACAGGACCUCCACGUAUACCUCUCUAUAACUCUUUAAGACUGUCUCACUACUUGUCAGACUUGAUUUUGUCUCUAUUCACAAUUCGCUAGUCUGACACCUCGGUGCGAUCUCGCCCACCAUGGUCCGUCUACGAGAAAUCCCCAGGACCGCCACAUUUGCCUGGUCGCCAGGCUCUACGCAGCCAUUGAUAGCUACUGGUACCAAGGCUGGUGCUGUCGACGCCGACUUCUCAAACGAAACACAAUUGGAGAUCUGGGAGCUCAAGCUGGACGAGGGUGAUCAGGGAGUCGAGCUCCAACCUGUGGCCUCUGUAAACGUAGAGUCAAGGUUCAAUGACAUUGCCUGGAGUCAGCCUAGCGAGCAGUAUCCACGGGGAAUCAUAGCUGGCGCACUUGACAGCGGCGCAUUAGUACUAUGGGAUGCGGACAAAUUGCACACAGGUGCUAGUGACGCCCAGAUUGAGCAAAUCAGCAAGCACACUGGUCCCAUCCAAGCGAUACAAUUCAAUCCGUUCCGCCCGUACAUCCUCGCCUCGGCAGGCGCUAAAGGCGAGCUUUUCAUCCACGAUCUCGACGACGAAUCGAAGUCCUUCCGCUUAGGCAAGGCCGGCGCGAAUCCUGACGAGUAUACCACCUUGGAUUGGAACAAGAAGGUUGCACACAUCCUUGCGACUGGAAGCAGCGGGGGCUUUGUGACUGUCUGGGAUGUCAAGGGCAAGAAAGAGAAUCUCACAUUGAAUCAUUUUGGAAGGAAGACAGUCAGUGCUGUCUCGUGGGACCCCGAUGUUCCCACCAGACUAGUAACUGCUAUUCCGACCGAUCAGAAUCCGCUUGUGCUGGUAUGGGACCUCCGCAACACCAAUGCACCCGAGAAGACGCUUCAGGCGCACGACCAGGGUGUGCUGUCACUCUCUUGGUGUGCGCAGGACAGCAACAUCCUAUUGUCAUGUGGCAAGGACAAUAGGACGAUUGCCUGGAACCCGCAUAGCGGCGAACAAUUGGGCGAGUUUCCAGUCGUGACGAACUGGACCUUUCAAACAAGGUUCAACCCUUCAAAUCCGAAUUUUCUCGCUACUGCAUCGUUUGAUGGCAAGAUUGCAGUUCAGACCCUGCAGAACACCGGAGCCACAACAAACCAGACCAAGGCUGCUACUCAAGCGCCCGAAGGCGAGGACUUUUUUGCCCAGACACACGCCGAACCUCAAGGCGCAUCUUUCUCGCUGAAAACACCACCGAAGUGGCUGAAGAGAAGAGCUGGUGUGGCUUUCGGCUUUGGCGGAAAGCUCGUACGAUUCGGCAUCGUCGACUCCAAGUCGAAGGUCACGAUAUCGACAUUCGCAGUAGAUUCAGACAUUAGCACUGCUGGCGAGGAGUUUGACAAGGCUUUGGAGAAGGGUGACCUCACUUCGAUUUGCGAGUCCAAGAUUGCCAAGGCGGCCAACGAAGAAGAGAAGGCGGACUGGACGGUUAUCGAGACUCUGACUUCAAAAAAUCCACGCAGCAAGCUUGUCGAAUACCUUGGCUUUGCAGACACUAAAGAGGAGGAGCCAGUGGAAGAAAAGAAGGAAGUUCAGACCAAUGGCGACACUGACGAGGGCGCCUCAUUCUUCGACAACGCGACCGACGAGGGCAACUUCUUAUCUGAUCUUGCCGCUUCAAAGGGCGCGAAGACGAACAACCCGUUCCAGGUAUAUUCUGGAUCCGAGUCAGAGGCCGAUACGAAGAUCACCCGCGCUCUCAUGCUAGGAAAUUUCAAUGCAGCAUUGGAUGUGUGUCUGAAGGAGAAUCGAUUAUCAGAUGCUUUCAUGAUCGCAAUCUGCGGUGGAGAGAAGUGCAUCGCUAAAGCGCAAGCUGCGUACUUCAAGAGGCAGUCAGAUGCACCCAACUACCUGCGACUUCUUGCGUCAGUAGUAGGGAAGAACCUCUGGGAUGUUGUCUACAACGCCGAUCUCAAGGAUUGGAAAGAGGUUAUGGCCACCAUCUGCACCUUUGCCGACCAGUCGGAAUUUCCUGACCUCUGCGAGGCGCUGGGUGAUCGUCUAGAAGAGGCCAUCUCAGAAGACACACGUUCCUUCCGAAAAGAUGCAACCUUCUGCUUCCUGGCUGGUUCCAAGCUGGAAAAGGUUGUGGUGAAUUGGGCGCAAGAGCUCCAGGAGAACGAGGCUACUGGUAUUGAGCAGUCGAGCGGAGAUAACAGCUUCUCGAUUCAUGCACGAUCAUUGCAGGAAUUCAUUGAGAAAGUCACCGUGUUUCGAAAGGUGACCGCAUUCAAAGAUCCGGAGCAGCAGAAAGAUGACGACUGGAAGCUGGAGCCACUGUACGCGAAGUAUGUCGAGUAUGCUGACAUCACUUCCUCCCACGGACAGCUAGCAAUUGCGGAGAAGUACCUGGACCUACUUCCUCAAAAGUACCCAGCAGCGGAUGUGGCCAGGAAUCGCGUCAAACAGGCUACGAGGAAGGCUGCACCACAAGCAGCGGCUGCUCAGAGACAAGCUCAGCCCGCUCUUGCCCAACGAGGUCAGCGGGUGGUUCCCUCGUAUGGAGCUACCCCGGCACAACAGCCGGCACCGGUGCAGCAAACUGGCUCACCGUACGCUCCUGUCAAUCCUCUUGCACCGCAGGCACAGGCUGCUGUUCAGUCAUCGUACACGCCAGCAGCCCCGAGCCGGAGCGCAUACACUCCAGUUGGAUACCAGCCGCCCUCACAGCCAGGCUAUGGUGGAUAUCAAGCGCAACAGCAGCAUCCAAUUGCACCUCCUCCACGCAACUUUGCAGACUCACCGGCCAUUGUGCCAGCGGCACAUCGACCCAACAUUCCGGCCUGGAACGAUACGCCAGACUUCGGUCCGCCAAAGCUAUCACGCCGCGGAACUCCGCUGAACACUGUAGCAUCGCCGUUCCCCAACCAGCAGCAGCCCCUCCCUGGUCCACCACAAGGUCCAUUCUCGCCAGGAGUAAGAUCAACUCCGCCUCCGCCUCCAAAGGGGCCGCCUCAGGGACCCCCUCGAAUGACCUCCCCGCCAUCCGGGGCACCACAAACCGGGGCCCCGAACCCGUAUGCUCCUUCGCCAGCAGUGAAUGCAUAUGCCCCGCCGCAACCUGGUGGCUUCGCGCCUCCACAGCAAGCUCCAGUCCAACGCGGAGCGUCUCCAUAUGCGCCUCCCUCUUCCGCCGCGCCACCAUCGAACCGCUAUGCUCCCGCUCCAGGCUCACAGCCUUCUGCACAACACGGGGGUAUGCCGCCACCCCGAAACAUCGCACCACCGCCAGGCCGAUUCUCGCCUGCCCCAUCGCCCUACGCGGCAUUGCCAACUCAGCAACAAGCGCCUCCUUCAGCUGCCCCGCCGCCCAGGGGUCCACCUCAAGGCCCACCGCGGGCCGGUCCUCCAGGCGGUCCUCAAGGUGGACCUCCAAGGCCAGACUCCCGACCUGGCACCUCACAGUCACAGAAUGCUCGUCCAGCGUCUGCAUCCAAGUAUCCUCCUGGCGAUCGGUCACACAUCCCCAAUGCAUCUCGCCCCAUUUACGAGAUUCUCGAAGCAGAUAUGCAGCGAAUAAAAGCCAAGGCACCCGCACAGUACAAGCAACACGUUGCCGAUACCGAGAAGCGACUUAAUAUUCUAUUCGACCAUCUCAAUAAUGAAGAUCUGCUCAAGCCAGAUACUAUUCAGCAGAUGAAUGAGUUAGCGAGCAACAUCCAGGCCAAACAGUACGAUGAGGCGGUUGCAAUCUUCUCGGAUUUGAUGACGAAUAAGACGGAUGAGGGGAGCAACUGGAUGGUUGGUGUUAAACGGUUGAUUCAGUUUAGCAAGUCGACUGCUUAAACUGUCGUAGUAGCUUUACUAAUCAUUGCGAUCAAAAGUCUACAAGAGGCAAGGCUAAAAGAAACAGAUGGGUGUCCCCUGGGCGUGGCCGAUUAGCGGGGUAAGCUUGAUAGAGAAAAUGAAUAUACAAUGAAUCUUGGUCGCUAGUUGUAAGAUGUUCUACGAGACCUUUAC